AGACGGUCUUGUUCCCAUUGCUAAAGACACUGCUGCUGCUUUUCAAGAAACUUGAGGGGAGUGUUUGGUGAUGACGUUACUGAAGAUUCAGAGCCUCCUGCCUCUCGCUGCUCUCCUCCUCCUCAUAUCUGUCACUCCCACAGUGGCUAAAGUGGUGACAUCAGUGUCACAAUGCGCAGAAUUUUUUCUCCAGCAAACCCCACCAUAUAUCCCAGAAAUCUUGAAGAACGGGAACAUCCUGGACCAGAACAGAUACAAACCCAUCUGCCAGACUUUAAAUGACACAAGAACGUUUGUGACGCUCUACGACACCACCAACAAGAUCCCAGUGUUUUCUGCUUACAAGUACAGAGGAAAUCAAAAGAGAAAGAGACCAGCAAACAUUUGGAAGAUAGAGCCACAGCUUGAGGACAGAAAUGGUGAUGACAACAUGCAAAGAGCAAAUGAUAAGAGGAGGUACAACCACCAGGCUGGGAAUACUGAUUACAAGAACCAAGGUUUCGACCGAGGGCAUUUAUUACCAAGCUCUUAUGGCUUUUCUGAAAAUGAUAAAGAAUCUACCUUUACUCUGACCAAUGUUGUUCCACAAGAAGGCACAUUUAACAAGGGAAGCUGGAACUACAUGGAGCAAUGUGUCAGAUGUGUUCUGGAUAAAUACUGCAUCAACAACAACGACAUUACAGAGGGCUUUGUGGUAAUUGGAGCAAAGCCCAGUGACAACGACAUCCUCAACAACAGGAUUAAUAUUCCGUCCAUGCUCUGGUCGGCAUUCUGUUGCUACAGUAGGGAAAAGGGGUGGUUAGCAAGUGCACACUGGGGUGAGAACAUUCCAGAUAUUAAUAAACAUCUGCAGACAAAGACCUUGGCAGAGCUCCAUGCUGAACUGGGAGGAUCAUUUAGUGCAUUUCCUGGAACACAAUGUCCUCUUCAUACAACUGUCACUCACUUGUACCCACAUCUUAACAAGAACUGCAGUUGCCCACCACCCACUUCCAGUACCUCUGCUCCUCCCACAACUACAGCUACCCCAACAUCUGCAUCUCUUUCUACCACACCUGACUUACUGACCACCACAUCAGGCUCAAGAGCAAGAGCAAGAGCAAGAGCAAGAGCAAGAGCAAAAGCAAGAGCAAGAGCAAGAGCAAGAGCAAGAGCAAGAGCAGGAAUAGGAGUAGUAGAAUGUGAUUAAAACUACCACUGUUCC